ACCAGCAUUUUUGGUGUGGUUUAAUCUGUUUAGAAAAGUGUUUAUCGUUAUAAUCGUGUAAUAUAAUGGCUUUGGAGUAUUUAGCCUACAAUUUGUUUGAUAAUGAGCCAGUUGAUAGUGCUCCUUCAGUCAACCGGCGUGAUCUUCGUGAUUCGGAUAAUCCUUUUGAGUUGGCAGCGACAGAAUUUAAAAAACUCUACCGUUUAAGUCCGGAAAUGGCUGAAGAAAUUAUUUUCCAACUUGAUGAUCUUUUAAAAGGUUCUAGGAUCACUGGAAUAUCGUCUGAAAAACAGGUGCUAGCGACUUUACGUUUCUAUGCAACUGGAUGUUACCAACGGCCUGUAGGAGAGCAAUGGGGUAUAUCUAUGAGCCAGUCGUCAGUAAGCCGUUGUAUACAUAGAGUAACUGAUGCAAUUAACAAUACGAUGUUUUGUGCAAAGAUAAAGUUCCCAAUGACUCGGGAAGAACGUCAAACUGCAAAAGCAAUUUUUGCAUCAGCUUCUUCACCUUUUGUUGCGGGUACAAUCGGUGCAAUUGAUUGCACACAUGUAGCAAUAUUAGCCCCAAAAAGUCAUGAAGAAGCUUACGUCAAUCACCAUAGCUACCACUCAAUUAAUGUUCAAAUGAUAUGUGAUCCAAAUUUGAAGAUUUUAAAUGUUAAUGCUAAAUACCCAGGAGCACGGCAUGAUUCUUACAUAUGGAGCUCCUCUGCUGUUCGAAGAGUCAUGCAGCGAAGUUUCGAAAAUGGAAACCACAAUAUGUUUUUAAUUGGAGAUUCUGGAUACCCUUUGGAGCCAUGGUUAAUGACUCCUCUACCAAACCAAUUAGAAGGAAGUUCUAAAUUUCGUUAUAAUGAGGCCUUGUGUAAGGCUCGUAAUCCUGUUGAACGACUGUUUGGCGUCCUAAAAGGAACUUGGCGAUGCUUAUCUAAGCAAAGAAUCCUUUUAUAUGAUCCAGGCUUUGCCGGAAAAGUUGUUAACGCCUGCGCAACGUUACAUAAUAUAAAUUUACAUGACCAAAGCUAUGAAACAGAGUUUGAGACUUCAGUGACUCAUACAAGUCGCGAUUUGGUAGAUCAAAAUCUACCAUCCUCAAUAGCGAAACGUGUCCAAGACCGCUUAAUUGCAAAUUAUUUUACAUAGGCAAUAUUAAUAUACAUACGUACAUAUUAUGUAUAUGUAUUGUUUUUAUACCCUACACCACCAUAGUGCGGAGGGUAUAUUGGGUUUUUGCAGAUGUUUGUAAUGUGUAAAAAUAUUGUCCCAACACCCACAUUAAAGCCGAUCGGUAUAGAUAUCUAUACAAAUUUUGCUCAAAAAAAGUUUUAUAUAUACGGAAUUCAAAUCACCAAAUUUUAUUAUGAUCGGUCCAUAAAUACUCAUAGCUCCCAUAUAAGGCCUUCUUCCGAAAAUCACUUUAAUGAGCAUAAAUCUCUUAAAAAUGUUGGUAUACACAUAAAAUUCAACAAUCGGUCCAUAAUUAGUCAUAGCUCCAAUAUAAGGCCCUCUACCGAAAAUCAUUCACGAAAAUAAAUUACUGAAAUUUUAAAAGAAAAAUAUUUUUGUUCAUUAACUUAGUGUAGGGUAUUACAUGGUCGGGCUUGACCGACCAUACUUUCUUACUUGUUAUGUGUAUGUUUGCCUAUUUUAUUAAA